GAGGUAUGUCUGACCUCUGCUUCAUAGGAAUAAGCCUUGGGCUGUUGAUCUAGAUUCUCCUUCCCCCUUAUGUAGUUAGACGAGGAGGUCAGAUGCCUCUGCACUGCCAUUUUUACAACUAUCUUCGGGCGCAUCCUUAUGUACUUUCUUUCUGGGACCUGCCUUUUCACUGAGGUUCUGUGGAGUCAAGUAAGUGCGCCUUGAUGUAGAAUGGAGUAAGGAGGCAGAGAAGCAGUUGCAGAUAUACGCUGAACUUGGAAGUGCUCCUGACAUUUAAAGAAAAAAAAAAUCUUUUUUUUAAUUAGCAACUGUGUUGAAUGCUCUGGGUAUGUGACUGCUUUCAGUAACAUACAUACAUUGCUGCCCUCACCUGGGCCAAUAAACCACCACAGACAGAAUCCUUUAAGCAUUGAUUGCCCCGAUCAAGGCCAGGUUUUCCCUUACAUAUUUCAAAUUAUAACAGACAGUUACAGUGCAUGGCUCCUAUCUGCAUUAGAUGUUUGUUCUAUAUUUGGGUGGCAGAGAUUUUCUCACCUGUCAGACUGUGGAACAACAUCCAGUGUUUGUACCUCAGGAAGAAUGCAAGGACUAGAAAAGUUUUGUGGACUGAGUAAGUGCAUACCUUUCAUGAAUUCUAGUGGUUUAUGAAUAAAUUUAUCAACUGACACCAAUUAAACAUUGCCAUUCUGAUCGGUUAGGUACAAUUUUCAUGGAAAGUGCUUUGGUGUAAUGAAACAAGAGCAAGAAAAAAAUACUCCAUUUGUAUUUGUGUAGUAACAGGCUCUUUUUAUUGUUGUUGGUGGUUUGUUUUGUUUAUUUUAAAAUUGUAUAGUAGCAAUAUAAAUGCAAUCUUUUCUGUCAGUUUGAUAUUACCUGUCUUGGAUUAUUUGCUUUGAAGGCUUUGUAUCUUAAAUCCAAACAUUCAACAUUAUCAGUAUAGUUUCAUAUGGAUGGGAUUAAUUAGGGAGCAUGGAAAGUCUUUCUAAAGCUUUAAUUUUUAAGAAAUUGUUUGGCAUUGAUCAGUUUAUGUUGGAUGAUGACAUUUGGUGGCUGAGAGGCAUAAUAUUAGAGCUCAGCUUUAUCAGAGCUUGUAGACGACAGCCCUGGAAAAGAAAGUGAAUUAGAGCCAACGCCUGGGAGUAUGAGUAUGAAAUCUGAGAAUUCCUCACACCAGACCGUUUUGUUUUUGAGGGGCCAAAUAUAAUCCAAGAGCAGAAGAGAGACCGGGAGAUCGGGAGGAAAGGAAGAGUGCGGGGCUGGUGUGAUGCUGUUUACACCGCAGGCCUGAAAUCUGUGAUUGGACAGCCGUGGGUUAACUCUGAUCUCACCCUCUCACCCAUUUUAAAUUUCCAAAUGAAAAUAUUUCAGAGGUUACUUUUCCAUUUGGUGUAUUAUAAUUGGAUUUCCAGUAAGAACUACAUAGUUUUACAGAUACUUGUUUAACCAUUUUUGCUGUAGCUCGUCUGUUCAGAUAACGAAUAACUUAUUGCUUUCGGUUUUAAUCUCCUUAGAGGGAACAUACUUAGAGGUAUCGGGUACUUACUGAUAUCAAGUGGGAAGAUUUAUGAAUAUGAAAUAUUUAUUUGUCUAAAGGCUUUGCAGCCAUUUGGUAAUAGAGAGAACAUUUAUUGAGUUCUUGUAUGUGCUAGACAUUGAUCUAAAUGUUUUACAAGUGUUAUCUCCUUUACUAAUUCUCAAAACAACCUUUUGAAAUAGGUACUCUUAUUAUCACCAUUUUUCUGGUGCGAAAAAGGAGCCCAGAGACAUUAAGUAAUUUGCCCGAGGUUACUCAGCUAAUAAGUACUAAAGCUUAUGAAUUCUGGCCUAGGAAGUGCGUUCACAGGAGUAGAGUGUUUUCAAAAGGAAACACAGCAAGUCAAAAUGGAGCCAUUGAAUCGCCAACCAUAUUCAUAGUCAAAUAUUCAUUUAGCAGUCUUUAUCUUAAAUUUUUUUUCCCCGUUUUUACUGAUUAUGGUAUGUAAUCUGCUUUUAACUUUUUUGGUUUUUGCUGUUGCACUUAAGUUUUAUACUUUUAGCAAUGUUUUUAUUUUCAAUAAGCUAUGUAUUACAUGUUUACAUAUUGAAGGAUUCUGUGUAGUUUUUAAUUUAACUUAAAAAAAGAUAUUUCUAAAUUGAGGAAUAACUCUUGUAAAGUUAAGUACAUCAAUCUCAGUGAUUAUUUUUGCAUAUGAAUACACCCAUGUAGUCACCACCCAGAUCAAGAUACAGAACAUUUUCAGCACCCUGUAGGGCUCCCUCCUGGUCAGUGUUCUCACCAUCAGCACCUCCACAGCCUAUGCCUCAUUCCUGCGUAACCACUAAUCUGACUUCCAUCUCUAAUGGCUAGUUUUGCCUGUUUUUGAACUUCAUGUAAACAGAAUCAUACACUAUGUACUCUUGUGUCUGAUAUAUUUCAUACAACCUAGUGUCUGCUAAAUUCAUCCAGGUAGUUGUGUGUAUAAGUAAUUUGUUCUUUUUCAUUGCUGUAUAAGGUUUCAUUGUAUACCGCAGUUUAUUUCAUUGAAUGCCUGUUUUCAUUGCUGUCAAGUUGAUUCUGACUUACAGCAACCCUAUACCACAAUUUAUUUACUCAUUUCUAUUGAUGGUUAUUUGGGUGCUUUCAGUUUUGGGCUACUACUAAUGAAACUGUUAUGAACAUUCUUCUGUACAUAUUUUAGCAGACAUAAGCACUCAUUUCUUUUAGGUAUAUACCCAGGUGUAGGACUGCUGUGUCAUAGAAUAUGUGUGUAUUCGUCUUUGGUAGGUACUGCCGAAAGCUAUAUAUUUUUCUAAACUUACUUUGUACCCUGAUAACCUAUGAUCUACCAGAACACUCUGACUGCUGUCAGUAGUCUUUAAAAAACAUUUCAGAAGGGAAUGUUACUAGACAGGGGAAUACAUUUCAGAUUUUUGGCACUGAUCUAUACAGUAGUGCUUUGUAGAAAACUUUGUUGUUUUUGAUUUAUUAGUUUAUUAAUACCAGGUUUCUACUUUGUACAUAGACUAAUACCAGGCUCUAUGGGAGAAAAUAAUGAAGUGUAAGAUGCAGCCAGCCCUGCCUAAAGAAGCUGAUAGUUGAGUCAGAGGGACAAGAGAUGAAAAGAUAAGCAAUAUAGGGCGAUGUGUAAGUGGGGUAUGAUUUGUAUAGAAAAUAUGUGCUCUGGGAUCGACAAGAACAGUCCCUGGACUGGAAUGAUUAGCAAAGGCUUCAUGGAAGAGUCAAGCCCUCAUCUGAGCCUUGUAUCUUCAGAUAAUAAGAAACAGAUACCGGAUGAAGCUUCUGCUAGAAAUGAAAGAGACUCAUCAGACAUAGCACAAAAUCGGUUAUUACAAGAUCAUUAUAGAAUGUAUUCACCCAUAAUAUACCAAGCCCUCUGUGAGCACGUGCAGACUCAGAUGUCACUGAUGAAUGACUUGGCUUCAAAGAACAGCUCUAGUGGAAUUCCUGUUAUACCUUGCCAUACUGUUUCUGCUUCUGAAUCUCAGGCAACUCCGCGUUCUAGUUAUGGCUUGCCGACCUCCACCCCAGUCCAGUCACCUCAGCGGCCAUCCUGCCCUCCAGUGGUUCAUUCUGACGUUCAGACUGAUAGUGACAACCAGUUUGCGUCAGAAGGUAAAACAGUGUCUGUGAGCUCUACUGAUGCUCCAAGGGGUUCCUUCAAUACCAGUCCUGGAGCUCCACGCAGCCUGCCCAAAUCCGAUAAAUCGGCUAUCCCAGUGUAUCCCCAGCUGGGUCUUGCUGAUGGAAUUCUUCCACAGCAAGCAGACCUGCUAAAUGUCUCUAAGGACGCAGACCUACUAAAAUGUCUCCAAACAUAUAUGUCUCUGUUGCGUUGUCAUGGAAAGGAAACUCAUUCGGACAGUCAGACACACCGAAGCCCUGCUCGAACACAGCCAGCUUUCUUGGCCACUAAUGAAAAGAAAUGUGCCAGGGAAAAUACUGGAGAAGCCACCAGUGAAGGAAAGGAGUUAAACAUACGUUUGCGAGAGGCAAGAACUGUCAAGGAUGCACAGAAGGCAAAAAAUGUGAACCAGACCACCGACAAAGCUAGAACUAUAAAGUAUUUGUUGGGAGAGCUCAAGUCCCUGGUAGUAGAACAAGGGGAUUCAGAAAUUCAGAGGCUGGUUACAGAACUGGAGGCGUGCAUGUCUCUGCUUCCAGCAAUAAGUGGAAACACAAAUAUUCAAGUUGAAAUAGCAUUGGCCAUGCAACCACUAAGAAGUGAAAAUGCUCAGUUACGCAGGCAAGUGAGAAUUUUGAACCAGCAACUUAGAGAAGGAGAGAAAAGUCAAAAGACGUCUGGUUCUCUGGGCUGCAACCUUAAACUGCUCUCUCUCCGGGCGUUGAACGUGUCGCUGCAGAAUCGGUUGCAGGAGUCACUGGAGACUCAGGAAUCACUGCAGAGGAAAAACGAAGAGCUCUUAAAAGUGAUUGAAAACCAGGAAGAUGAAAACAAGAAAUUUGCCAGUAUAUUCAAAGAGAAAAAUCAAACUAUACUUGAAAAUAAACAGCAGUUUGACAUGGAGACAACAAGGAUGAAAAUCGAAUUGGAGGAAGCCUUAGUCAGUGUGAACAGCUCCCAGUUUAAAUUAGAAGCUGCUGAGAAGGAAAAUCAGAUACUAGGAAUAACAUUACGUCAGCGUGAUGCUGAGGUGACUCGACUGAGAGAGUUAACCAGAACUUUACAGAGCAGUAUGGCAAAGCUUCUUUCAGAUCUUAGUACGGACAGUGCUCGCUGCAAGCCUGGGAAUAACCUUACCAAAUCGCUUCUGAACAUUUAUGAAAAACAACUUCAGCAUGACCCAGUCCCUACUCACACUUCCAUAAUGAGCUACCUAAAUAAGUUAGAAACAAAUCACAUUUUUACCCAUUCAGAGCCCCUUUCUACAGUUAAAAAUGAGGGAAACAUGGUGCCAGAUAGACACCAUGAAAAUGUUGUGCCCUCCAGAGUCCCUCAGCACAGUAACCCUAAGAGCAUGGAGGAAGUAUCAGCCCCUGGAGUUAUUUCUGUCACUUCAGAGCAGGGUUCUGAUGAGGAGAGCGAAACCAAGACGUUCACAGAAGACGGAUGUAAUUUGGACGAUACGAUUUACAUUCCUUUUGUUAGAAGCACUCCUAAAAAGAAAUCGCCGCCAUCUAAGAGAAUAUCCCCCCAGCCGCAGGUAAAUGUAGCUACACCCCAGCCAGCUGGCAAGAGUGGACUUGUCUCUGAAAAGGAACAUAAGCUAUGUGCUCCCAUAGCUUGUUCCUCUUCAAAAAACGAAGCGGAAGAUGAACCUGAAAAACUUUCCAGGACAGAUGAUAUGGAAGACAGACAGCUCCUCAAGAAAAUAAAGGAAGCAAUCAGUAAGAUUCCCACUGCCCCUGAGAAGGCACGGGAACAGGCCGUCUCCCAUGGCCCCUCAGCUUGUCAAAGCAACAACCUUGAAAUGAAAGGCAAUGCUGUCUCCGAUGGUAGUUUUUUAAAUUCUGACUUGAUGUCUGACUGGAGUAUCUCUUCUUUUUCAACGUUUACUUCUCGCGAUGAGCAAGACUUCAGAAAUGGCCUUGCAGCUUUGGAUGCCAACAUAGCUAGACUCCAGAAAUCCUUAAAGACUGGUCUUCUAGAGAAAUGAAUUCAGAAAAAAACACUAACUGAGUGCUGCUUCUCUUCUUUAAAGUAACAGAACUAGGCUACACUGAAUGUUUAUGUUAAGUUUCUUUAGAGAAGAAAUAUGCUUUAUAUUAUUAAUUAUGUGUGAAAUAAUAAAUUGUGUGGAUAAUUUUAUUAUUGGAAUUUAUUGGCACUGUGGGACUUAAAAAGCAAGUCAUCCUAAGAAAUUGACAUUUGCUAAGAGACGAAAGUUGUAAAUAAUUAGGAAAGGAUUAUAAGUAAUGUUUUAAUUUCAUGCUUAGCAAUUAGAGUUUUAUAUUAAUACACACCUGCUGGGGUAAGGUGUGGGUGGGAAGGAUUGUCUGGUUGCCCUAAACGAUAACGGGGAAAGUCUCUGGGGACAAUUUAUUUUAUUCAAACUGGAGUUUCUUUUCUCUUUCAGGAUUCCUGUUUGCUUUUUUAAUGACAUUGUGUUUUUAUAUGGGAUGCUCUGUGCUACAAGUUAAUGUUGGUGAGAUGUAUAAGUAUUUCUUUUAAGAGAAAAGGUACCAGUAUCUCCGUCUCUUAAAAACAUUGAUUGGUCCAAGAAAACAUAGGUAACAUCCGAAGUUAGCAUGUGGUUUCUUGAACGUUUGGGACUUUUACUUAUUUUUAUCCUGAUUUGCAUGUUUAAGGCAUUUAAAAAAAUAAAGUCAGACGGAUACAGAAGUGCUAACAGAUAAGUUUCAGUUUUGGAAAUACGUUUUUCAAUAAACAAAUGUUUGUUCUUAUUUGAACGUGGUGGUGUUUAUAAAUCUUGGCACUGGUUGUAAAUAUGCCUUUCUGAACCAAUUUUUUUUUUCUUCAGUACUUUGGCUGAGAACAUUGCCUAUUCUAUAAAUAAGGUAAGCUAGGUUGGUCUUUCUGCCUCUCUGUACCAGCAUUUCCUAACUACUCAGCAUCACCUCCAUUCAUUAUGCAGCCCCACUUUAACUCUUAGAAAGCUGAAUGUUGUGCUAUCACCAAUACUUUGUACAAGUCACCUGCUUAGUAUAACUGUGUUCAGUACUUGGGCAGGCUUUAGCAUUAAAGAGUAUUCUGCUGACCCCUGAAACUUCCUGCUGAUAUUUUAAGUAUUGAUGCUGCAGCUUCUGAAGGACGUAGGUAUAGUCUCUUCAACAAGUCCAGAUUUUACAGAUAGAGAUUUUUUUUUUAAGUCUAAAAUUAUUACAUGAAUUCUAAACUAUUUUCACAGAAGAACUAAUUCAUUAGCUUCUGUGUGGAGGUAAUAGGCCACAAUUCUCUAACACAGAAUUCAAAAGUACAGUUUAGAAAUACAAAAUAAUAAAACAAGUAAGAAAAUUGUUAUCAUGUCUACUGCCAAAUAUUCAACUGUUAUUCAUAUGCAGAAGUAAAUUCUUAAGGUUAUUAUAUGAUAAUACAUAAAAUGGUCCUAUUUUACUCUUAAUUUAGGAUGGACAACCUUAUAAGUGAAAGAAAUUCAAAAAGUGCUGAUACCCAAAAAAUCCAUUG